AUGGCCAGCAUCAUAUCUAGUCCUUCCGGUGUGCUCCUUCCCUACCCAUCUUUAUUCAAUACCGCCAUGCGUGGUCAGUCAACUCGCCUAUCCAAAUCGAGACCGUCUGAUUACUUCUGGAAUAAAGGCACUGGCACGUCAAUCAAAAGCACCAGAAUCAGCGGCGAAGGAUCAGAAGUCUCCGGUGACAUUUGGCUUGAUUCUUGCGCGCCUGCUGUCAGUGAUAGUGAAGAUGAAUCGCCUCGGCCAGCAAAAAAGUCGACCACCAAAUCCAAGAGGAACCUACGUUUUACUAAAUUCAGACGGAUCACUUUCAAAGCCUUUAUUCCAAGAGCUGAUAGUACAGGCCAGAGAAAUAACAUUGUAACCACCACCGAGAUCAUCCAACGAGAAGAAAAACUUGACGAUUUCGAGAAGGAUAGCUCAACUUAUGCGAAGGGCAGUAAACACACGACAAUCUUGAAUUCAUGGAGGUUUAGGACAAAUGGCACCAAGACGCAUGUGAAGAAGAUGGUAGCUGUUUUGAAAGUGAGAAUCAGCGCUUCUAGCCCGCCUGAGAAACACCCACAGACGUGGGAUGAAUAUCAUCGUUACUAUGCCAAUGAAGAAAUUGAUGUUUUUAACCCACCCUUGCCGCCGAUGGAGCCAGAAAGCCCAGGUGGACCCCCUUCCGCGUUCGAAUCCCGGUUCUACUCGGCCCCAAACCCGCCAAAUGAGAAAGUACGACAGUUGGCGCUCAACCGACUUGGCAUCUAUGGAGGAAAGCCGUACGACGUGUCAGAUGAUGGUUUGGCAAAGUGGAAAGCAAGAGUUGAGGCCGGAGAUAAAUUGAUGGCGGAUGGCCAAGCCCCCUCAAGUCUCGAUUCUCCCUGGGAACGUCCCAUUUCCAGUUGCAGUGAUGAUCAGGAUGUGGACCUUACAGAGCAAUCAGUUAUUGACAGCGGAAUGAAAAGUGUUCCGUCACCUCCUGAAACUUUGGAGCAACAUCCUGUCCUCAGAAAGAUUGUUAAUGAGUGUCGCCAGGUAUUUAGCACCUCGCUCUGCCUGUUAUCUGUGCUUGACGACAAUCGCCAGGUUUUCCUCGCAGCGUCUGGUUUGAAUGAACUCGGCCUUGGAGAAAUGCGAGAUAUUCCCAAAGAAAUCAGUUUUUGUGCACAUACUAUCCUCAGUGGUCGCAAAGGUUUUGCCGUCCUCGAUUCUCACAAGGAUUGGAGAUUUGAAAAGGGUCCAUUGGUUACCAACUACGGAGUGAGAUUUUACGCCGGGGUACCGUUGAUGGCGCCUAACUUGGAUAAAAGCCAAGAAUCAGAAGAAAACACAUGUCCCAUCGGCACACUAUGCAUUCUGGACUUCGCCCCCCGGGAAAAAUUUAGUGCCGAUGACCGAAAGAGGCUUGUUUAUCUAUCUGAAUACGCCAGAAGGGAAAUCGAGAAAUGGUUCGCAAGAAAGAUGGAGCAAAAGAUGGAAAACCUCACAGCCAGUCAGCAAACUUGGUGCCACGAAUUGAAACUUGUGUCCAGAUCACCAAUUCGCGGAGAUGGUCCACUGGAUGUCAGUGAAGUUUUGACCGAUAACACAAGCAGCCAAGCUGUCGUACCGUCGUCCACCCAAUCCAUCUUCCGAAGAUUCAAUAGCAUUAGCACGGUCUCCACCAUAUCCACCUUGGCAUCAUCUCACAAAUUCCUAUCAGCAAAAUCACCCAUGAAACUCGGAUUGGGUCUUUUUGAUGACAUGGAUGUAGCCUUAAGUCCCAAGACGCGGAGAGUCUUUGAUCUCGCAACCAACCUCAUCGGACAAACCUUGGAUUUUUCUCUGGUGUGUCUGGCAGCGGUAGUUACUACCGGAGGGACGAAUGGAUCGGGUCGAACAAUGAUCAUUUCGGGAUACAACAUUCCAUCACCGGUCCCAGUUAUAGAUGCAGAUCUAUGUCUCCGAGCACUAAGAGCACCUCAAGGCGGCCUUUUAUACCAGAAUCCGACUGCCGAAGAAUCUGAAGAAGCCGGCUUGCAGCCACAAGGCGCUGGCGCUCCCACCUGUGCAUCUGCGAUGAUACUGUCUAUUGGCACCGAAGCAUAUCCCAACUCCGGUGGAUUCGUCUUACUUGGAUACACUGAUGAUGCCAAGAAGGUCUUCGGAGCGGAGGAUGUGCUAUUCAUGAACAAAUUUUCGCAGGAAUUAUCGAGGUACACCUCAAAAAUACAGCUCUGA